UUUAUUAACACCGCUCCCCAGCUGAAGAGUUCUGAAUCCACGCCGGAUCCUUCUCAGCAGUCUGUUUUACGGGAACCUUUAUUAACCGCUCCUUCCCCGCGAUGCAGUUCUGAAUCCUCCCUGUAGUAGGGGGUCUUCGCUCGUGCCUGAAGAUGUUUCUUGUCCCGGGUUUCGGCACCACUUCUUGCGCGCGCUCGACUCGACCAGCAAGAACUACGCUGCAACAGGAUCCUUCUGCACACGUUUAUUGGGAGAGCUUGAUUGCAGAGGCGAAAAGACUUUUUGCCCAGAGCUGGUGCUGCUUUUAUAGGCCUAGGAGAGGCGUGUCUCAUACCCUGAUUGGUUAUGCACUAAGCCUCAUUUGCAUGUUCCUCAUCUGAUUGGCUGCUCUCUCUCAGUACCUCACUGAGCCUCAUUAUCAUACCUCAUUUGCAUGUCUCACAUCCGAUUGGUUAUACUCUCAGUACCUUACAGAACCUCAUUAUCAUGCCUGGGCCAGGCAGUGUUUUUGCAAAAAACUUUACUGCAUAUGUACACAUUGGCUGUUUGUCCAAUCUUAUGCAUGGUGGCCAGCAGUAGUCAGUGCCACUCAGCAACGGCACAUGUGGCUUCCCACACCAGAAGUCAUAAAGAUACCAAAAGAAAAACAGAUACCAUAGUUCAAAGAAAAGCACAGAAUGCUUGCUUUCUUUGCUUGCUGAAUGAAUGCCAUCCGAGAAGAAACAGGUAGUCAAGCUGAAGACAAAUUGCAGUGACUUGUAGUGGACUAGGAGAGAAAAUCUUUUCAUGAAUACAAACUGAAGAGCCUCAAGGAGAAAGUGAAAGAGACACAUAAAAAAGAACUAGAGGGAUGGAGAGAUGGCUCUGUGCUUAAGAGCACUGGCUGCUUCUCAGAGGACCCAAGGUGCCUGUGGCCUUCGAUGACGUCUCCAUCUACUUUUCCACCCCAGAGUGGGAAAAAUUAGAAGAAUGGCAAAAGGAACUUUACAAGAAUAUCAUGAAGGGCAACUACGAGUCUCUCAUCUCCAUGGAUUAUGCCAUGAAUCAACCUGAUGUUUUAUCUCAGAUUCAACCAGAAGGAGAACACAGUACAGAUGACCAGCCAAGGCCAGAAGCAAGUGAGAUUCCUGCAGACCCCAGUGAAGAGCCUGGCCUUUCAACCUCAGAUAUUCUGUCUUGGAUUAAACAAGAGGAAGAACCUCAGGUUGGAGUCUCCCAGGAGUCUAAAGAGAGUGAGCUGUACAAAGGUACCUAUGCUGAUGAAGAACUUGUCAUCAAAGCUGAAGACCUUGCUAGAGCUUCCUUGUGUCCUGAAGUUCCAGUAGCCUUCUCUGCUCCACCACCAGCAGCAGCCAAGGAUGCAUUUUCAGAUAUAGCUUUCAAAAGCCAGCAGUGUACCCCCAUGGCACCUUUUGCACGAACGGCCACUGACCUGCCUGAAGCUUCAGAGGGACAAGUGACUUUUACUCAGUUAGGAAGUUACCCACUCCCACCUCCAGUUGGAGAGCAGGUGUUCUCAUGCCACCAUUGUGGCAAGAGUCUCAGUCAAGACAUGUUAAUGACACAUCAGUGUGGCCAUGCUGCUGAACACCCCUUAACCUGUGCCCAGUGUCCUAAGCACUUCACCCCACAAGCAGAUGUUGGUAGCACCUCCCAGGAUCAUGCCAAUGAAACACCUCCCACCUGCCCUCACUGCGCCCGGACAUUCACUCACCCCUCACGACUCACAUACCACCUUCGGGUACACAACAGCACAGAGCGCCCUUUCCUCUGUCCUGAUUGUCCCAAGCGCUUCGCUGACCAGGCUCGACUCACCAGCCAUCGGCGAGCUCAUGCUACUGAGAGGCCCUUUCGUUGCCCACAGUGUGGUCGUAGCUUCAGCCUUAAGAUCAGUCUCCUGCUUCAUCAGAGGGGACAUGCCCAGGAGCGCCCCUUCUCCUGUCCUCAGUGUGGCAUUGACUUCAAUGGCCACUCUGCAUUGAUUCGUCACCAAAUGAUCCACACAGGCGAGCGUCCCUACCCGUGCACAGACUGUAGCAAGAGCUUCAUGCGUAAGGAACACUUGCUAAACCACCGGAGGCUGCACACAGGUGAGCGGCCUUUCCAGUGUCCGCACUGCGGCAAGAGCUUCAUCCGCAAGCAUCACCUCAUGAAGCACCAGCGCAUCCACACAGGCGAGCGACCAUACCCCUGUGCAGUGUGCGGAAGGAGCUUCCGCUACAAGCAGACGCUCAAGGACCACCUACGGACCGGUCACAGUGGAGGCUGUGCGGGUGAUAGGGACCCUUCCGUACAGCCACCAGACCCACCUGGUCCACUCUUAACUGCCCUGGAAACCUCUGGCCUAGGUGUUAGCACUGAAGGUCUAGAAUCUAGUCAGUGGUAUGGGGAAGGGAGUGGAGGGGUGGUUUUAUAGAUCUGAGGCUUGUUGGUUAUUUAUGUUCACAGCAGAGCAGAAAGUCCAGGAGAGAGCCCACAAGUUCCGAAACCUACAGUAAUUAUAUCUGUUACAUAAAGGAAUUUGAGAUCUACACUCAACUAGAGACAUGCUUGUGCUUUGGAAAUCCACAGCAGUAUAAGAAUACUGUAUUUUGAAAACUGGAAGAGAAUCCAGCACCUCUGACUUGUCAGAUACCACAAAAGCAGAGUUACAAAGCAAGAUAUGGCUUCUGAUCAUCCUGUCAGAGUAGCAGAGUGAGAGCAGACUGCCUCUAGGCAGAGACAGGUGUAUGGGAAGAGCCCCAAACCUUGAAGCCAUCCGGAGGCAUGAGAAUGCUCAGAGCGUUUCUCUAAUCGCUCAGUAAUUGUUGGGAGGUUGUGCUUUAGCCACUUGUUAUGUUGCCGUGUGUCUGAAACCAGCUAAGUUCUGCUCAUAUCAGUGUAGUCACCUUUCCCUGAGACGUGAUGACUGAGGCUGCAUUCCUAGGCCUAGAUUCUGUCUGCUAAUACAUUUUGUUUAAUGUUGGUGAACACGAACUCUGACUUUGAUAGCUUAUUUAAGGGGACAGUUCUUAGUGUUUACUAGCUUAUUUUGAAAUGUUCAGACUCUUGUGGCAGUUGUUAAAAGAGUAGAGAACUUCACCACAGCUCUGGUUAGGAAAUUAGGAAGAGAGUUUUCUCUCCAGGUUUAGGAGCUAAAGAGCCCAGAGACCCCAGGCACAACAGGGAUCAUCACAUGGCCUAAAAAAUUAUAUCAACUCAUUCCUUAUCUUUUCCAAGCCAGUGAUCUUGUUUUUCCAUUUCUGGUGUUUGAUUCUCUUUUUCUUUCUUUUGAGAUUGGGCCUCACUGUGUAUCCAGGCCUGGAACUUUGCUUUGUAGACCAGGCUGGCCUUGAACUUACAGGGAUCUGCCUGCCUCUGCCUCAUGUUCUGGAUGCACCACAAUUCCCAACCCCAUUUUCUUUAUGGUCCUCAGCAGCAAAGAUCACAGCACUUUGUCAAGGCAUCAAGCACUUCAGAAAGUACCACUGAACUCAGGGCUUUUGUCCAUUGGUAGUGUGAUGCUCUUAAGGAAAGGAUUUCUACCUUGUUUGCCCCUGCCUCACUGGCAGUGAACAGACAAGAGACCUCUCUCGGCUACCAAGAGCUAAGUAUCAUAUCUAUCUUACCUGUUGUGCUAUUUUUUUCAGACAGGGUUUCACUGUGGGGUCCUGGCUGGUCUGGAACUCAGAGAUCUGCCUAUCCCUGCAUCUAGAGUGCUACGAUUAAAAGCAUGCUGUCAUGCCCAGCCACCUGUUGUACUUUGAAGGGUCAUGGCUGCCUUAUGUUCUUUUCUUGGGCUUGCUUAGUCAUCUGAGAGCAUCUGAACCUAGUUCCAUCCCUAAGUGUGCAGCCAGGAGUGUAUCUUCUCUUUUCAACUCUCACGUUUUUAUCACCAAAAUGAGGCUGUUGAAAGAAAAGGGAAGCCUCUAGAAAUCUUAGAAAGAAAAACCUUGUGAUAUAGUUCUCUGCCAAAAUCCUGUCCUCCCUUUGGCUUCUAACCAGACAAAUCCAAAUGAGACAGGAAAACCAAAGCAGAAACUUAUGUAGAAACUUGGUGGAAAUUAGCUUGCCUUGUUGUUCUGCUCUUAGUGGGUCCAAAAGUAGACAGAGAGUAUGGAAGCCAACAUUUGGGACAGAAAGCUUUUGUUCCCACACCCCCUGUUUACCUCGGAGUCUGCUAUAAUGUCUAGAAUGAGAUCUGGAACUGCUUAGACGUGACACUUUCUGGAUAGGAAGGGGAUGCUUUCCCCUUAUUACUAGGCUCAACCUUCAGUCUGGAUAGCUAAUGUAACUGCAGUGUGAGAUGGUGUUUGCCUAAUUAAUGUGCUCCUGGCAACGUUCUGUCUAAAGAUGUUGGUCUUCAGGAUAAUCACACACAUAAAACUGUUGUGUGACAUUAAUAACAACAAGGAUCCUGGGAGACACAAGAAGUCAGUGUAAGACCUAGUCUGCUGUCAUAACUUUCAGCCUGUAAGCAAUGAAAGUCCCAUGGAUGAUACCAGAUGAUGGUAGUAGACCCAUAGUAUAUUGGGAUCAAUUGCCAAAUCCCCCAAAUCAGGUUUCCAGGUUCAUUAAUGACCCUUAAAGACUUGAAUGUGAGAUCUGCACCUGAAAAAGAGUCAAAGCCUCAUCCACAGGGUGAUGAUCAUCCUCAGCUAGAGCUGAGGAAGAGCUGCCUACUGAACCUGUGAUGUAGAGCUAGAUAACAUCUAAAAUUCAUCUGAACCCGACAGACUUACCAAAUAUACACAGUUAAUAGUUGGAGGCCUGUGUGCAUGACUGCUGCAGAUGCAUCCUAAUGUCUAAUCUGUAAGGAGCCAUAGCCAGCGGGGAUCUAAACUGGCCAAAAGUGAAUUAUAGUUCAAAUAACAACUGAACGAGAGCCAUAAAAGCAGCUGGGUGAUGGUGCUGCACACCUUUAAUGCCAGCACUCGCAGGAGGCAGAAGCAGGAGGAUCUCUGAGCUUAAGCCCAGCCUGAUGUAUAGAGGGAGUUCCAGGACAGCCAGGGAUACACAGAGAAACCUGUCUUGAAAAGCAAAAACAAAAGCCAUAAAACCAAAUAAAAGGGAAUGUGCAGGGCUAUCCCAAAAACAAACAGCAUAAACAUGUGGGAUCCUAAUCUCUAGUCUGGCUAAGAGCAAGGACUUAAGCCAAUCUCCUAACAAGUAGACCCCAUUUGUUGUCAAAGAUUCAGAAGUGGCUCAUUGGAAACUCUACCAUCUAAUAAAAGUUUUCAGCAAAUAGAAUCUCUUUGCCAUCUGGUGCCUUGAGAGAAACUAUACAUUUACUCCUGUAAUUAAGAGGCACCUGUACCCUGGCGCUCAUGACCAGUCCCUGUAGAGAAGAAACCCCAGAAGAGUCCUAUUCAUCUGCCCCCUAUAUGGUGGCACAAAGACUUCCUCAGAGUGUAUUCAGGAGUUGGCACCAACCAGGUUUACAGCUCGCUAGAUUUUUUUUUUUUUUUUUUUUGAUUGUGGACAUUGGAUGAGCCUCAGGUUCAGCCACAUAUAUGAAAAUAAAUGUAAGUUGGUUAAUUGUUUAGAAAAAUGAAAUAUAAUUGAUCCCUUCCUACUGGGUAUUUGAUAAUAGAAACACCUUAGUCAUGAACUCUAGAGAGAGCCAUGUUCUGCUUCCUCAUUAAUAAACUAUAAAGUUUCUGGUAGGGACUCCACUAGGCUUCUCUUGAGACGAUACUUAGCCAGGCUCUGUGGCUUAUGAAACAAUAGCAAAGUCUAUCUCAGUCCCAAAAAGUCUCCCUGAAAAAAAAUAAGUACCUAAGUUUCUUUAUUUCAAUGGGAUGGAAGACCCAAGUUUGUGUCAUAAUUCUUGAGAGAGACAGGGCAUUCCUUCCCUCCUCUUAUGCUUCAGCUUCUUGGACAAGAAAGCAGCCUCUGCAGUUGCCUGAGUAGCAAGGAGACAUUUCUGAUGAGGAUCUGAUGUUGUUAUGUUCAUAUACGUUUGUUUGAAUUGAUAUUUUUGACUCUUCAUUCUGGUUCUCUGUAGCAAAGAGUCAGUCUCUUAUCAUAUGGGAUAUAUUCAACAGGCUGUUCUUUUUUCAAGUUUCAGGCUUCUGUAAACAAUAUAUUUGGGAGUUCAAAAUUAGGGACUGGAGUGAUAACUCAGUCAAGUGCUUGCCAUGCAAGCAUGAGCACCUGAGUCUAAUCUGUAGAACCUGUUUAAAAAAAAAAAAGCCAGGACUGAUGCCCUAGGCCUGAAUCCCAGCACUGGGAAGGCUCUUGCUGGCCUAUCAGCCCAGCCCAAUUGGUAAGCCAUGGGUCAGUGAGAGACCCUGUCUCAAAGAUCAGAGUCAGUAGCUCCUGGGCAGUAACUCCCAAAGUCCUCUGGUCUCCACAUGAAAGUGAACACACACACAGGUCAGAUUGAUUGUGGGGCGGGGUUACGGAGGGAGGAGGAGGUUAAUGCUCAUCAUGCAUUGGUGCAGUACUAAUGGCUAAGAACAGGGCUUCUGAUGCCAGACCUAGAUUCAAGUCUCAAGUAAUAUAAUAUUAUUUUACCUUCUGAAAGGUAAAUUUUGUGUAUAAGGCAUCUCAGAGGUAUUAGAGCUUAAAAACCUGCAGCACAGUUUAAAGAACCAGUGUGAAAGGUAAUCGCACAGCCAGGCUGAACUGGAAGUGGCAAGUGUUGAGAACCAAGGUUUGGCCAAGUGUGAUGGCUCACACCUGUGACUUUGGUACUUGAGAAGCUGGGACAGGAGGAUGGCAGAGAAUUAAAGGCCAGUAGAGCCUACAUAGGAAAACCUUGUUUUUAAAAGUGGGAGAAAAUGAGGAGCCAAAGAGAUGGCUCAGUGCUAAGACCACUUGCUGCUCUUGUCAGAACCUGUGUUCAGUUCCCAGCAUCCACAUGGGUAUUUAAGGGAUCCGAUCCUCUCCUCCAGCCUCCACAGCCCCUAGGCAUGCAUGUGGUACACAUAUAUACAUGUAGGCAAAUCACCCAGACACAUACAAACAAAAUCUUUAUUUAAAAAAACAACUGUUUCACAGAAAUACAUGGCUGCUAGCAUCUUUGCAUAUAUUUAGUAUGAUCUCUUACUGAUUUUUUUCUACAUCUACCAGCCCCCAUAAGUUUCUGAUGCCACAACCCCAUAUAGUUCUGAUUAUCUCUGAUUUUUCUUUCUUCUCCUACUUCUCUUUUAAGUUUUUUGGAUUUUAUGUGUCAGUAUCUUGCUUACAUGUAUGUAUGUGCACCAUAUACAUGCCUGGUGCCUGCAGAGGUCUGAGAGGGUUUUAGAUCCUGUAGAAUUGGAAUUAUGAAUGGCUGUGAGUCACCACGUGGGUGCUGGAAAUUGAACCUGGGUCCUCUGUAAGAGCAACAAGUGCUCUAAGCUACUGAAUUAAAAAAAAUUUCUUUUUUGUUAUUUUUGUUUGUUUGUUUUUUCAAGACAAGGUCUACUAAGUAGCUCUAAUGGUCCUGGAACUCAUUUUGUGGAGCAGGUUGGCCUUGAACACACAGAAAUCUGAAUGCUACUGCCUUCCAAGUGCUGGAAUUAAAGCUGUGUACCACAAUACCUAGUUUAAAACAAAGAAUUUUUUUUAAAAAUUCUUCUCUUUUAUAUUACAUUCUGAACGGAGUUCUUCCUACCUCCUAUCCUGCCCGUAGCCUUCCUGCUCUCCCCCCUCCCCCAUUCACCCAUUCACUCUUCCAUUUCUCUUCAGAAAAGGGCAGGCUUCCCACGAAUAACAUGGCAUAUCAAGUUACAGUACAACUAAACACCACCUCUUUUUUUGGGGGGAGGGGGUUUGAGACAGGGUUUCUCUGUAUAGCCCUGGCUGUCCUGGAACUCACUUUGUAGACCAGGCUGGCCUCGAACUCAGAGAUCCACCUGCCUCUGCCUCCCGAGUACUGGGAUUAAAGUACUGGGAUUAAAGUACAGGACCACGCCCCGGCUUUAAACACCACCUCUUGUAUUAAGACUGGAAGAAGAACCCAGUCAAAGAGUGAGAAGACAGCCCCUGUUGCUAUUGUUAGGAGUCCCACAAGACCAGGAACACAAUUAACAUAUGCAGAGGGCCUAGGACGGACCCAUGCAGGCUCCCUGACUAUCAGCUCAAUCUCUGUGAGCCCAGGUUAGUUAGUUCUGUGGGUAAAACAAAGAAUUUUUAAAAUAUCCUUUUAAAUAUUUCUAAGUUUUCUUAAUUUAGAUUCUGUAAUGGGAAUUCUAGCCCAGCUCCUCUUCCCAUGCACAUCUUACUUCAGUCAGCUGCAGUCAGCAGUAAAAUUCCUCUGGCCUCUGCACCAGGGCCUGAGGACUUGCUGUUCAGGAACGAAAACAAUACAGUAUUUUAGUGCUGCCAAGAAAGGACAGGUUCUGUUUAAUGUCUACCAAGGUUUCUUCUACGUCACAAGCACUAUCAUAAGGCCAAAGCUUAGUGUCCUUGUUCAAAGAACCUGGAAGCUGCUGCUUAUCUUGUAAAAAGUCACUUGUCACUUCAAGUCAAGGGAUGGAGAACUGAUAUUCUUUUCUGAUCCUGCUCCCAUUUUUGUUUGUUUGUUUAUUGAAAACAGAGUCUUACUUGUGUAACCAAGGUUGCCUCAAACUCAAAAUUUUGUCACUGCUUCCUUAGUGAUGGAAUUACAGAUGUGUUUCCCCACCUGACACCUCCUCCUUUUUAUUUUUGCUUUUCUUGAGACAGGGUUUCAUGGAUCCCAGGCUGACUGCAAACAUGGUAUAUAGCCUAGAUUACUUCGAACUUCUGACCCUUCUGCCUAUCCUUAGUUUUAUGGAGUACUAGGGAUCAAACCCAGAGCUUUGUACAUGUUAGGCAAACUCUACCAAUUUAGCUACAUCCCAAGCCUUUUUCUUUUUUUUAAAGAAUUGACCACAGUCAUAGACAUAUGAUGGCUUUAGUCACCUUGAUCAGUUAAAUGUCCCUCCAUAUCAUGUCUAAGACCAUCAAGGAAGGCAGAUAAUGCAGCCUCAUCAGAUCAGCCUCAAGAAGAGAGCAUUCCUAGGUUCUCAAGUUAGUCAUGUUACAUUCCAAAUAAAGGGCUUGUUGAAACAUCAAUCAAC